AUGGCCAAAUACGCUUGGUACACCAGAGUGACUGACGCUGUUCACCGUCUGACGGUUUUGUCUCUAGUAGGAGGCACACUGUACAUGACAGGAGGUCUGAUGUAUUCCAUGUACAUUAAUGGCAAGAAAUACGAGCAGCAGCUUUCGCAGAAGAGCGUCGAAUCUGAAAAGAAAGAAGGGGACUUGUAG